GGAUGCCGAUUCGCCGGGGCAACUGUCACUCAGUGAGCAAGGCGGGCUUUCGCCGAAUGUGGAUUGGUUGGUGUGCUUGUUACUAAAACUGACAGAGACGGGCUUCCAUGAAAUUGGGUAGAAAUACGGUGGCGCUGCCUGUCACUCAGACUGAGGGAGGCGGAUCUUCGGGCAGUCGGGAAGCCUGGUCCAUGAGCAUGUGACUCAGAGAGCGAGAAAGAGAGGGGGAUCGGGUUUCCGUUAAAUGGGGAAGCGGAUUGGCCGACGUGCCUCCCACUCAGGGUGAUGGAUUCCGGUCUCCGUUGACAGUAAAGUGGAUUGGCCACAAUGCCUGUCACUCGGAUUUAUUGAGGGGGAUUUCCUAGAUAGUAGAAGGGCAUUGGUCGCAGUGAGGAGUUGUUCUGUGUAAUGGCGAAGUCCAUUGGAGGUAGUGCCUGUCACGCAAAGUGAAGGAGGCGGGUUUCCGAGGAAUGGGGUAGCCGAUUGGUGGAGCGCCUGACACUCGGUUUGAGGGGGGUGGUUUUUCCGGAUUGUGGCCUCGGUCGGACUCGGAUUUCGGGCCGUCCAGGAAUGAGCCAGCGCUGGGCUAUUGGUCGAGAAUUAUAGCCUUUGGAAGCUAAUGACGCCUGAUUUUAUAGUCGGGAGCUUUUAUGGUUGAAAGUUUUGACUCCUGUUGUUAUUAUUCACCUUGUGGAAGCGCGGACGCCAUGGCAACAGAUUUGGUGAGCGAGCUGGAGAGUCGCUUCUUUCCCGAGAACCUGCUGAGCAGCGAAGACUGGGAUGCCUGCCUGUAUGACUGUGAAACGAUGGAGGAGUUGGAUGAUUCCACUGAUCUCUUUCGCUGCUUUGAUAAUGUCACUGAGUUUGGCACGGAGUUGGAUUUGGAUUUGAAUAUGGACAUUGGAACAUCAGACUUACCUUGGAAUCAGAUCAAUGGAGGCCUCUAUUCAGACCUGCAAGUGAAAUUGGAACCGCUUUCACCGGCAUCUUCUCGCUGUUCAGAUUCUUCACUUGCCUCCUCUUGUGACAUUCCCCUUUUACCACUGCCUCAUCAGACCCUAAACACGGAGCCAACUCUACCAGUUGUGAAAACCGAGGAUCCUCCGACACCACCAUGCGCGUUUGGGGAUGUUCUCAACCCACCACUGAAUGAUGUCCAGCUCAAUGUGGUCAAAAAGGAAAAUGCGACCUCGCCAGUGAAACAAGGACCAGCAAUUCAAGCUACCACAAAUAUGAAGGCCAGCAGCAUCUUGUGCAGCAAGCCGAGCAUCCAGCCUAAGCCUGUUGCCGUGACGACGCGACCCACUGCCCCGGCCACCAGUCCAGCAAAGACCAUCAUUCUUCAGUCGGUGCAGACCAGCCUGCCCGUGUCUCAGCCACAGAGCCUGCCAUUGAAGCAAACCAUUCCAGUGUCGAGGCAGUCAGUGGUUCUAGCCCAGUCAGACCUGGUGAGAAUUCCUGUCCAGGGACUGAUCAAAGUACCAGCAGUGAAUGGAGUGUCCGUCAACUGCAAGCCAGCCAAUGGCAUCUGUAAUGGGAUCACUGUCAGCAAGUCCACCACCAAACCAAUUGUGCCAGCGCCGACACAGACCGGAGCUAACUCUUCAGAGAUCGACAUCAAACUGCUAAAACGCCAGCAACGAAUGAUAAAGAACCGUGAGUCGGCUUGCCAAUCCCGCAAGAAGAAGAAGGAAUACCUCCAGGGCCUGGAGAGCAAACUGCGUGAGGCACUCAAUGAGAAUGAGAAGCUGAAGCGGGAGAACUCGCUGCUGAAAAAGAAACUAGACAGCAUCAUUUCCGAGAAUACGGAAUUGAAGUUGGGUUCGGGUAACCGUAAAGCAGUGUGUGUGAUGGUCUUUCUCCUCUUUGUCGCGUUUACCUUUGGACCUGCCAGUAUAACGGAGAAGAAACCAGAUCUCUUUCAAAAACAGGAAGACAGUACAUAUGUCAAGAGGCACCUACUGGCUUUCAAGGAGGAGCCAGGCACAGACACCUUGACAGAGGAAACAACGAAGGAUUACACGCAGAAAGACAAAUUCAGCAACAUCACCAUGGCAUACUCCGACGUGAAAGACCUGGUGCUCCGCGACAUUGACCGAAUCCUCUUCCCUUCCUCAGACUGCCGUCAAUUCAACAAGACCGAAUCGCUCAGGCUCGCUGAUGAAUUACGUGGCUGGGUGCACCGACAUCAGAUUGAAAGGACAAAGUCCAAUGAGAAACCAAAGCGUCAAAAGAAAUUUAAACAAGGCAUGAGAACACAGCAGAGGAAAAUCAAUCUGUCCCGUUUUAUUCCAGUUCACUCUGCAGAGGCGACCACAAGGUUGGCCUCGAGUCAGCUGCAGGUUUACCAGAGCCCAGAGCAGAGUUACUACGACUUCAUGGAUGCCAUUGAUAGGAGGGAGGACACCUUCUACGUGGUUUCAUUCCGAAGGGAUCACCUGCUGUUACCAGCCAUCAGUCACAACAAGACCAACAGGCCGAAGAUGUCCCUGGUGAUGCCAGCCAUGGCAGUGAAUGAGAGCCUGUACAACACCACGCGGGGUUAUGAGGUGAUGAUGCAGAUCGACUGCGAGGUGAUGGACACCAGAAUCAUCCAGAUCAAGAGUUCAUCAGUGCCCCCCUCCCUCCGCCAUCCCCAAGACAACAGCACGAGUUCCUACCACCCUCACAGCAACGCCAGCCGGGCGCCCAGCGCAAGGAGGCUGCGACCCCAGCCGCUGCCUGUUUCCACGCCCAGCAACAAAGACCCUCUGUACCUCACGACAGAAGAUGCCCCUAAAUACCCAGCUUGGAGAAAUUCUGGAAACAUGGACCAGUACUUUUUAUUUCUCCUGAGAAAAGCCAAGCAAGCGAUGCUCAUCCAGUUCACCAUGAUAACCUGUUGCAUGCAAGUCUUGUAUUUAUCUUUAAUCCAAUUGCGCCAUGUAACAUGUUUUGUGCUCUGAACUUGUUUAAUUGCAAUGCACCUUCAUGCAGGUGGUCUGCUCGGGCACAGCUUGCUGUAGUAUACACUGAAGAAUCACAGAACAGGUCAACAAGCUGGAACGUUGUUGCUAUCGAAUUUGACUUUUUCCCCGUAACCUGCAUGUGUGUAUAUAAAAUGUACUUUUCCAGUACUGACGCAAGAAAACCUUCGUGCAAUCCUGGUUUGAUUAGCUCGGGGUCCUGUUUCACGCAUGUAAUGGCCUGGUUAUAGUUACCCUUUUUUUAAAAAAGAUCUUAUUGCUUUAAAUUCACCCUGUCCAAUAAUUCUGUGGUGGCAGCAACCGAUUUCUAACCUCCCACAGCACCAGACUGAUAAAUCGGCGGCUGCCCAUCACCCCCAACUUGUUCACAUGUUCUAAAUGAGUAUGUUCCCCGUUUAAUAUGUUUCUGUUUCCACGACCGUGUGUAGGUCAGAAUAGGAAUUUCACUGUUAAGAAAUGUACGUAGGAUAUUGGGUUUCUAUUAUGUUGCCAUUCUGUUAACAUAAUUAUGUGUGCCCACCUGUGUCCCAUGUGAAGCUCAGCACAAUUUGGAUUUUACAGUUUGAUUAUGUUUCCUUUCAUGUGUUCUGAAUCACCAAGUAUUGCUUUUCCCCAUUGCAAAGCACAGGCCCUGCAGAACCCUCUCCAUUUGAGUACAGGUGCAUCAUUGUAGGAGAAAAGUGUACGCGGGAUGGGCCGCUCAGUUGGAUUUGCAGCAGUGUCAGUGUUGCUGAGGUUUUGCAGUGUCGGAAAUUUCCCAGUAAAAAGAGAGUAAGGACAGAGCCAGUCUAAUCACCCAGCCAAUUUCUGACAAGUGGUAAGCCAGGGAUGGGAAGGAUAAUUAGCGUGAUUUCUCCCACCAUCCCCAUGCCCCCGCCCCCACACUCCCAAGCUACUGGGGUGAUGUAUGAAGAUCCACAAACACAUGAUAUGAAUCCUGCCUGAGCCACUACAAUUAUGGAUUCGUCACAGAACAUGGCACCAAUGUGAUGUCAUCCAAAGUUGUUAAUUGGCCUGAGUGUAUAUAAACCUAAAGUUGUGAUUUUUUAAAAAAUAUAUAUAAAUAUAUAUAUUUAUAAUUUAUUAUUUAAUUUUGAUUUUUUUUUUUGUUUGUUUUUCUUGUGCUCAGUCUCACACACUCUCAGAACAGACUAAAUUUCAAUUGGAGCUGGCCCAGGAUUGUGCAAAAUGCUUUUCCUGCCCCAGUUUUAUAAAUGAAAAGUUUCAAAUUCUCAUGGACUCCUGAGGCAUGCUCAGGUAAAGUAACAUGAAAAUGUCAACAUUAGUGUGUUUCUUUGAAGUCGAAUGAAAGUGCUUUCUUAAAUUCUCCAUUGGUAUAAAUGGCUUGGCACUCGGAUGUCUGUUGUUAGUCCCUUGGCUGGACUUGCACUGAUGUCGCUGGGCAGGAGGCAUUGCGUCCAUGCUGUGUUCCAGCUUUGGCAGUGCUUCUGUUGCGUCUGCCGAAAAUUACCCCAGUAAAAAAAACUCAAGUGCCGGCAGUUCAGAGUUAGAAACAGGAAGAUGUCAUUGAUUCCCCCGACCUUGCCACUUCACGGCACUCCAUCCCCGGGCCUUGCCCUGUCAUUCAUAGGGGCUGAUCUGUCUCUCGACUCAAUUUACCUAUCUUUGCUCCAUGUCCCUCACAAGGCAGCAGAAGAGGAAGUGCAGUUGUUGCAUUUAUGUGACUCCUUUCACAGCCUCUGAGCAUUCCAAGAAGCUUUAGGAAGCACUUCUUUCCCCCCCUAAAGUACAGUCACUGUUGUAAUGUAGGACAAACAGCUAAUUUGCACACGGCAGGCUCCAACAAACAGCAGCGCAAUGCUGAGCAGAGAAUCAGCUCCAGUCUUAGUUGAAAUAUUGGUCAGGGGCUUAACUCCCCUGCUGCUCUUCCAACUGAGGCAUGGGACCUUUCUCAUGCACCUGAGCGGGCAUAUGGGGGCCAUGGUGUUGAAAGACAGAUUAGCCCAUUCUGACAGUGCAGCACUCCCUCAUUACUGCACUGGAAGUGUCGACCCAGAUUCUGUGCUCCCAUGUCUAGCAUGGGACUUGAACCCACAAUCUUCUCACCCUGGUAAGAGAGUGAGUGCUACCCACUGAGCCAAGGCUACCACACAAAUCCAUCAGUCAGGGUUUUGACAUUAUAAGCAAUGCAGCUUUUUGGGGGACAGAGUUACAGAUUUUCUGCACUGUUUGUGGAAUAACUGCUUCCUGGGUUUCGCUCCUAGCUUUAGGAGCGGCCUUCAUCUGGAUUAUUAAUUUCUGCAUAUCCACCUUAGUGAAUCCUUUUAUCUUAAACGUGGUGCGCUACUGCCCUUUGCCUAUUUUCUAAAGGUCUUGUGUAGGCAAUGGAGAAGGCCUCCUCUUGACUGUUCUAUUCGGUUAGAUUAAGCUUGAAUGACUAUUUUGUGCAGGAGGCCGCAUUUCAAUUUUUUUUCUCACUUGGGCUGAUGAGCAAAUUUCGACAAGAUAAGGUUUGGCACAACAUUAAAUACGAUCUUGAAAAAAAAAUCAAUGUCAAAGCAAUAAAUUGAUGAUUUAAAAGAGAGUAAACCACGAAAACCUUUUUUGACUUUUCACUUCAGAAGCAGAGCUAGAAAGACAUACUAGGCCCCAAGUCCUUGUCAGCAGGGAAGGGGUGCGGACUGGGACCGAGAUAAGGAGUUGGGUUUCAGGCAGUUAUCUCUGAUGGCGCGCACACACUGCUGGCCUUGGAAUUUACAUGAAAAGUGGGGGUCAGAAGUGGGUUGCCUUUCAGCCUGGGUUUUUCUCCUUUCCUGGACUGCUCUAUGGGUAGGUUUUCGGGAGGGAGGAGGGCAGGGUGUGUGUGUGCCUGUCCGGUUCACACCAAGUCUUAGUGUUUUCGCUCGUGCUCUCACACUCACUCAUUCAGAGAGAGCACAGGCUGUGAAAGCAAACAGAAGCCGCUCACCUUCACACUGCCAUCUUCUCCAAUCAGAGAUUGUUUCUGUCCCAACUCUAUUGCUGAUAGGUCUAGUGAGCCUAAUCCCAAUCCUUGUACCAUCAGCUAUUGGGAACAGUUGUUCUUUGACUGGAGAAGCUGGGAUUGUUGUGCUUAGAGCAGAGAAGCUUAAGGGGAGAUUCGAUAGAUGUUCAAAAUCAUGAAGAAUUCUGAUAGAGUAAAUAAGGAGAGACUGUUGCCAGUGGCCACUGGGUUGAUAACCAGAAGAGACAACUUUAAGAUUCUAUAUUCCCUCAGUUCUGAUGAAGAGUCAUACGGACUCAAAACGUUAACUGUAUUCCUCUCUGCAGAUGCUGUCAGACCUGCUGAGUUUUUCCAGCUAUUUUUAUUUUUGUUUCAACUUUAAGAUA